CCAGGAAAGUUUGUAAUGUUAACACGAAGUAAAGGAUCCUCAACAGCUGCUGAUAAAGAAAGGAGUAACAUAACUUUAAUUCCAAUAAAGAAGGAAAUAAAAACAGAGCAGGAGGAGGUGACUGGAAUAUCACAUGGUUUCAUUUGUCCGCAAUGUGAGGCUCACUUCCUUUAUGAUGAGUUCUUUGUGGAACAUAUCAGAGAACAUCAUGGUGAAACAAUGAAUGAUAUGUCUACUACAAAUGUCUUGUUAAACUCUUUACCUUUAUCAACCAGGUUGGGCAAAGAGAAUACUUCUCCUGCUGGGAAAGCUUUUAAAUGUGACGAUUGUUCUUAUACCUGUAGUGAGAACAGUGAUCUUGUGAAACAUUUAGGUAUUCAUACGGGAGUGAAAACCUACAAGUGUAAGGAAUGUUCAUAUACUUGCUCUUUUAAAUCAACGCUUAUCAGACACCAACGUACUCACACGGGAGAGAAACCCUACAACUGCAAGGAAUGUUCAUAUACUUGUUCUGUUAAAUCAAAUCUUAUUAUACACCAACGUACUCACACGGGAGAGAAACCCUACAGGUGUAAGGAAUGUUCAUAUACUUGUUCUGUUAAAUCAAAUCUUAUUAUACACCAACGUACUCACACGGGAGAGAAACCCUACAAGUGCAACAAAUGUUCAUAUACUUGUUCUGUUAAAUCAAAUCUUAUUAAACACCAACGUACUCACACGGGAGAGAAACCCUACAGGUGUAAGGAAUGUUCAUAUACUUGUUCUGUUAAAUCAAAUCUUAUUAUACACCAACGUACUCACACGGGAGAGAAACCCUACAAGUGCAACGAAUGUUCAUUUGCUUGUUCUGUUAAAUCAAGUCUUACUAUACACCAACGUACUCACACGGGAGAGAAACCGUACAAGUGUAGGGAAUGUUCAUAUACUUGCUCUGAUAAAUCAAGUCUUAUUAUACACCAACGUACUCACACGGGAGAGAAACCCUACAGGUGUAAGGAAUGUUCAAAUUGUUUUGCUCAAAAAGGUCAUCUCACAGUGCAUAUGAGGACUCACUCGGGAGAGAAACCCUACAAGUGCAACGAAUCAAUGUUUUUAUACAAAAUGGGCCGAAUAGUAAAGCCAGGGAAGGUUGUUCUGGUUCUCAACGGGAGAAAUGCUGGACGAAAAGCAGUGAUUAUCAAGAGUCAAGAGGAGGGUACCGGUGAGCGACCCUACGGUCAUGCUCUUGUGAUCGGUAUUUCUAGAUACCCUAAGAAAGUAACAAAAAGUAUGGGCAAGACGAAACAGAACAAGAGGAGCAAGAUCAAACCGUUUGUUAAAGUCUACAACUGCAACCACCUCCAACCUACAAGAUACCAGCUGGAUCUCCCUCUCGACAAGGAGGUUUUAAAUAAGAACUCUAUCAAGGAUCCCGCUCUUAAGAGGAAAGCUUUAUCUCAAGUGAAGAGUAUUCUUGAAGAGAAGUAUAAAACCGCCAAAAGCAGAUGGUUCUUCCAGAAAUUGAGAAUAUAA